GUACAACUUUUCGUGGUUUUUCCUGUUUUGUUAAACUUGCAUGUCUUUACGACGUGUUAGCCAAGGUCACACCGGGUACGCGUGUCUAACCUGCUACACGUUCAGAAUAGUGUUGUGCAUAGAAACAAAUGUAAAACCGUCCCGAAAGUCUAGAUAUUGGCUAAAGCUGUAUAUUCUAAUCCGAAUCAGGAGAUGCAUGUUGGACGAUCAUGUCCUCAUGUCAGUCAGAAGAAAUACUCUUUGGGGUUUUAAGAACACGUUACAGGCAACUCGCUACCUACCCAUUUAUCGUUUGAACACUCAGUCAGCAUCAUCUUUUUGUUUCUCAUCAAAUGAAGAACAGAUCUUUUUUGUUUGUUUUUUUAAUUUAAGAAAGAAUUCUGUUAGCAGAUCAUGUACACUCACCUUCAAAUGUUUCAUCUUUACUGAACUGUAACAAGUCGAAUGAGACUUUUUUUUUUUCUUCAUAAACAUGAAUGGCAUGAAGCAUGGUAGCUUUAGGGAAAAUUCCAUCAAUACUUAAACCCUAAUUAAAGGAAUUGGAGUGUACCCGUACAUUUCCAAGUCACGGUCGGUUUGUUGAGUGUUGUUGAGACGGCUGUCUGUCAGGCUUGUAAGUGCCCACUGCAAUGAGGAAAGUUCUUUACUUUUUAAAAAAAAAAAACUGGCACAUGUAAUGUCUUUAUCCGCACAGUAAAGUGAUAUCACUGCUGUUGUGAUGCGACAUGUGAUACUCUUCUAUUUUGAGCUUUAUAGGCAGGGUUUCUGUAUGCAGAUAGAUAUUUAUUUUUGCUACGCCGGAGAGGGAAGUUGAUAUCCCGGUCGACAAUUGCCAAAGUUUUAAGAGAAAUGAAAACACAAAUUACGGCAUUUCACGUUUAUAAAGCUGUAAAUAACGACUAAGGGAAAUAUCGACGCAGGGCUGCAUGAUAGUGUCAAAAUGAGUAUAUCACAAUAAUCAUUGUAAAAUAAUAAUAUAAACCGGUGAACUUUUUAUGUGGCAUGCUAUUCAAUUAUCCAAAAUGUAUGAGAAUUUUUUUUUGUUUAUUGUUCAUGCCGGUACAAUGCCACACUCACAAAUAAAAUAAAAAAACACCUGUCUGGAACCCUUUGAGAUGCACAGAAAGUUUACAGAACGAGUUAUAUGAUUGUGGUUUGCAUAUUUUGCAAACUUUUAUAUUGUUCAUUUGUACUACAGAAGCCAACACUAUUAUGAUGAUUAAUAAAUUUAUUAUGUGUGUAGCAUGAACAGCUACUCGGCACUACACUAUCUGUGUUCAGCUAUUCGUGAGCAUGUACAGUUAUGUACCGAAGUUCAUUCUCGCAGUCUUAUCGAUUAAAUCCCCAGAUAUGUAAAUUACCUGUCCAAAGAGAGGCCGCUUUCAUAGGAACUCCUGUACCCCUGCUUGUUCAUGAACGUUUAGAUAAGGUUCACAUCAAACAUCAGAAUGGGGGGAAAAUGUGAUCGCAGUGCCUUUGGUCAUGGCUCAUUGGUCAACUGCUGAUCUCAUGGGAUUUUCACAUGAACAGUCUCAAGAUUUUAUACAGUAUGGUGCAAAAAAAAACAAAACAAAUACAUCCAAGGAGCUGCAGUGCUACAGGCAGGUUAGAGGAGAAUGGGCAGACUGCUUCGAGCUGACGGGUAACUCGAAUAACCACUCUAUACAGCUGUGGGGAGCAGAAAAGCAUCCCCGAAUGCUUUUCCAACCUUGAGGCUGAUGGGUUACAACGGCAGAAAACCAGAACGGGAAAGCAUCACCGUGCCUUUUUCUGAUCUCAUCAUUGCCAGGGGUGAAUAUGGUGUGGUCUUCUGCUGUUGUAGCUCAUUAGCUUCAACAUGUGAUAUUUCGUGUGUUCCGAGAUGCUUUUCAACGUAUACAUUAGAGAGUCGUAGGUGAAAAUUCCCAGGUGUUUCCGAAAUUCUCAAACCAGCCAGUGGUUUUUCUUCAUUCUGACGUUCGAUGUGAAGAUUAGAUAACCGGAUGAAUCGGGAUGUGAUACGGUAACAAUUUCAGUUUUGUUUUGGGUUGUUGUUUUUUUUUUUGCCUCUGUAUUAAAAGUCUGCCAAGCACAUCAAAAUGGAGUGGACUAAAUAUGAAAUUGUCAGUUUUUCUGAUUCACACUAUGGACUAACAGGUGGGAAAGUGCUCUUGGUUUUGAUACACCACAAAGCAUGUUAAUCUUACUGUUAUCUCGUGUUGAACCACAAUGGAUCGUCUUGUACAAAGGCACAAUAGCUGUCAAGGUGAGAUGAAGAACCAGAAUAUUCCAGGAUCAAUUUUGUGACGUAUUUAUUUAUUUAUUUUAUCCCCUGCUUUAAUACAAAAGCUGGUUCACGUUUUUCACAUUUUAUUGAGCGUAAGAAGGAGGAGGAGAAAAAGAAGGGGUUGGUGAUUUCCAGUGAGGCCUGCUUGAUUCACUUUCUUGUCGGUAAGGUGGAGAUUGAGAGAAGGGAGACGCUGUCCUGCUGUCUCAUUCUGUGUCUUUCUAAGACUUGUUUAUCCACUAGGGGUAGAGAGACUGGUCUGACAGGCUUUGGCUGUCUGAGAAACGGAUCUGUUUGUAUUAUAGAAGUAAACGUGCCUCAGUGGAAAUGGAACACCCGAUACCCUGUGAGGGUUUUCGGUUAGCUGUUCCCUUUUUCAUUCUAGUAGUAAGACAACUGGACAAAAAGUCUACACACCCCUGUUCAGAUGGCAGGUUUUUUUUUUUUUUUUGUGAGGUAAAAGAAUGACACUAAAAUUAUCUUUUCCCGCCUUUAAUGUGCAAUUGCAAAGUAUACAAGCAAAUUGAAACAGUUAGAAAUGUCUUGGGGGGGACGGGGGAAGAGAAACAAAAACUUAUAAUAGCUUAGAUGUAUAAGUAUGUACACCCAUAAAGUAAUAUUUUGUUGAAGCACCGUUUGUUUUUAUUACACCACUCGGUCUUUUUAUGUAUGAGUCUAUCAGCAUGGAGAAUCUUGGAAUCUUUUUGCACCAAACAAACCUUUUGGAAUUAUUAUAUUGGAAUUUGGAAUUUGGAAUAGGUCUCAUCAGACCAUAACACAUUUUGCCACAUGAUUUGGGGUGGUUUAGUUGGGCUUGGAUGUUUUUUGUGAGAAAGUGCUUCCGUCUAGCCGCCUGACCCCAUAGCCCAGACAUGUGAAGAACACGAGAGUGUUGACAGAUGCAGAGAGUAAUCAGUACUUGUGAGAUAUUCCUGCAGCUCCUUUAACGUUGCUGUAGGUCUCUUUGCAGCCUCCCUGCAGUCGCUGUUACCGUUCAGGCCGUGUUUUUUUUACGUCUGAACCGAGUGAGUAAUAACAGGAGUUUUGGCCCACCGGCACUCAGCGGCAGCAGCCUUUGAGGAUCAAGUUGAAGUUUAAGAUUUUGCACUAGCCCGAGGCACUUCAGAAGUCGGUGAAAAUGCUGGAGACAGUCCGAGACCGAAUGCUGGAAGUGUAUGACAAACUCUUAGUGGGGAGAGACCCACGGCUGAGGGGCUACCUGCUGAUGGAGAGCCCGGUCAACAUGACGGCGAUCCUGCUCGGCUAUCUCUUCUUCGUACUGUACGCGGGCCCUCGAUUAAUGGCCAACCGCAAACCCUUCGAGCUGAAAGGGCCUAUGAUUUUCUACAACUUUUGCUUGGUUUUUCUGUCUAUCUUCAUUGUAUUCGAGUUCUUGAUGUCAGGAUGGGCUACAGAUUAUACGUGGAGAUGUGACCCUUGCGAUUACUCCGACAGCCCUCAAGCACUCCGGAUGGUCAGAGUGGCCUGGUUGUUCCUCUUCUCAAAGUUCAUUGAACUCUUCGAUACGGUGUUUUUUGUGCUACGUAAAAAACACAGUCAGAUUACAUUCCUGCACAUUUUCCACCACUCUUUCAUGCCCUGGACCUGGUGGUGGGGCAUCAGCUUUGCUCCUGGUGGAAUGGGCUCGUUUCAUGCCAUGGUCAACUCGGUGGUCCAUGUGAUCAUGUACUUCUACUAUGGCCUCUCUGCUGCAGGACCUCGCUUCCAGAAGUACCUCUGGUGGAAGAAAUACAUGACAGCCAUCCAGCUGGUGCAGUUUGUACUGGUGUCCCUUCACGCUACCCAGUAUUACUUCAUGCCCAACUGUGAUUACCAGUGGCCUGUGAUCCUCCACCUCAUCUGGAUGUACGGCACCUUCUUCUUCAUCCUGUUCUCCAACUUCUGGUACCAGGCCUACGUGAAAGGCAAGAGGCUACCCAAGAGUACCGAACAGCCGACUCGGAAAGGCAAGGCCGGGGCUGUUCUGUCCAACGGGGCCACGUCCAUCGCUAACGGAGCCUCGCUCACGGCUAACGGCAACGGUGUACAUCACGAGAACGGCUCGGCCAACGGGAAGAAGCACUACGAGAACGGAAGUGCUCACAACGGUAAGAUGAAGAAAGCCUAACCCCGGAGAACAGAACAUCCAAAACGUAUGACCACGAGUGCCUGCAUAAAACGCCAUGGAUUCCAAAGAGUGUUUUGGGACUGUUUUUCCCCCUCAGCUUGGUUUUGUUCAUUCCCUUUAUUUUGUAGUUUUAAGAUGCACAAAUACAUGGGGAGAUGAAUGAGUCUGGGAUCCCUGUUUGUAUUUUUUUGUUGUUGUUGUUGUUGUUAUUAAUUAUAAUAGUUAAUCUAUAGAAAAUAAAUAACGAGCACAAUAAUAUGAAGAGAGGAGAUAAUUUAAUGACUGGCUGUGUUCUUCACUGAUGGUGCUCACCUUGUCAUGAGUGAAUGCACUCCUCUCUUCCUUACUCAGACUCCCCAGUGACCAAAAACACUGUACAUUUCUCUUAAGGCAACUUGAGCUCCAGCUGUAAAUAGUGUAGUGUACUGUCAGAACUAAUGGGAUUGAUAGGGCUCUAAAUUUUUGUUACUAUAGUAUAUUGGAAAUAUCAAAAAUAAAUUCCAUUUUAAAAUGGUG